GCUUCUUGACUGGCUCUGCUCCCAGAUAUUUAGCUUCAGAAUGGCCCUUGGGUCACAGAUCGGCUUUGGAGGUUCCUGCUGCUCCAUCCAUCACCGUCCACCAUGAUUCUCUAUCUGGUUCUUCAUGCUCUCAUCCUCAGUAUCGUCGCAUCGCAGUCAGCCAACAUCACAGAAGAGCUGAGUGAAGUUGAUUUGAACCAGACGUCCCGUUUGUUCACAGAUUAUAAACGCACACCGAAACCUAAAAAUGUGACAUCCAGUUUGUACAAAAAUGAGAUGGAUGAGAUUGAGAAGGAACUGCAAGGAAAUCAAACAUCUUCAGUUAUUACAGAGGAUGAUGAGAGGUUCCAGGACCAGGAGACCAAGUUACCAGAUAAACACUGUCACAGAAACCUGCUGGUAGAAUUCAGCGACGUGUACUGCGGUGACACUUUCCACAAAGAGAUGCAGGCAAUCAGCACAGAUAACUGGUGUACCCUGGCAUAUUUUAUCAGACCAUACAACGACUUGACAAUUUGCUUGGAGGAGCUCACCAAAGUUACCGGCUGCUACUUCCCAAACCCAGACAUUCAGGACUAUUUCCUUUCCAUCCACUCCACCUACUUCCAGAACUGCACUAAGGAAGAGGACGAGCCUGAGGACGCCCCUCACAGUGUGGUGGUCAUGCUCACCAUCAUCCCUGUCGGCCUCCUUCCCAUCGUGGUUUGUCUGGUGGUUUGGAGAAGUUAGGCCCCAGUUCUGGGAAAGCCACCACAGCCCAGAACCUGUUCAGGCUCCUGAUAAGUUUAUUUUACAGGAGAUUAUAAAUAAUUAUUGUACUUAAAAUAAAUUGAAAAAACCCAAAUGUGGUUUAAUAAGAAUGCUUUAAAGAGACCAGACACUACACUGAUAUUUUAUACUAAAGAUGAGGCAGCAUAUUAUAUAUAUAUAUAUAUAUAUAUAUAUAUAUAUAUAUAUAUAUAUAUAUAUAUAUAUAUAUAUAUUUAUAUGUAAAUAUACUGAAUAUUUUACACUUGCUUGAUGGGUUUCCUUUCCUGAGAAGGAUUUAUUGAUUUAUUUCAUAAAUACAAACACAAAACAAGUUCCCAACAUUAUAAAAACACCAAGCUAAGCUAACUGUAUCUCUGCCAUGAGAUGAAAUCAUGCUUCAGGGUUACUGAAUGAAAUCUGUAUAAAUAAUUUAUUACUUGGCUGAAGCUAAAAACUGGCUGCUGUGAACAGAGCUGAAAAGACAAGCGGAUAAAACUGUAGUGAUGCUGUUAUUCUAAAGUACUAACACAAACGUAUGCCACACACAAUUAAUUAAAACAUCAAGAAUUUAUAUAAACCCAAAUAAAAGGAAAAAAGGGCAAAGUUUCAUUUCAUUUCAUAUUUUAGAUGAUCUAUUGUUACAUACAAAAAAUAUUUUUUUUCCACUGCUGUAAAAGGAUAAUAAGAAAUAUAUCUAUAUUAUCUAACAAAAAAAUGUUGGACAGUAGCUCAGGAGGGACAAACCAACACUAACUGUAAGUUGGGUAGGUUUUUGUUAGGUGUAAUGAGCAGUUCUUGCCUCUAGAUGUCACUAUUUCUCACACACCUUAAAAAUAACAACAAUCUUCUAUUUUUUAUUUUUAUUAAUUAAUAUAAAUAUUAUCGUUGUUGGUUUGUUUGUUUUUGUUUAGGCCCUAUUUCCAUAUACAGUACUCAGUUGUUCUGUGUUCUUUGUAAACAACAUACAACCAAUAUUACAUUUUUAUAUGUUUUUGUUUCUGAACAUGUUUAGUUUAGAUUUUCGUUAUUUGGUAUUCCUUGUUUGUUUUUUUCCUCUAUAUCAACAGGUAAAUACAAACAUGUAUUUACAUUUAAAACACUGUUACAGAGCCCAUCUAGUGACACUGAUAAACAAAGUAUAUCAUCUAAUCCAUGGGAACAAGAUCAUUAACUUCUGACUGUUGGUUAUGCAUAGAGAAUAUUUGCAAACGUAUAACAUGGAUCAUUUUAAUUUAUUUUAUUUUAAUCGUGGGUGAACUAUAAUAGUGUAUCAGAGCUUAGUGGGUUCAACCAACACAACAAAAAUAAAUUUAAAUUUACUUCCGAUGCCACCAGAUGGGCUCUAGUGCGAUCAUUUUCUGUUUUCAGUCACCGACAAACAUAAUUCAGGGUUUGUGGGCUUCUGGUUUCAGUGUUGAACGUUGUCUUUUGGUUUUUAGUUUUUGUGGUGUCAUGUUCUUCCUUUCGUGUUAUGAUAUGUUUCUUGCUGACUUCAGUUUGUGUAACAUGUCACUGUGUGUAUUCUCAUGUUAUACAUCUCUUUUAAGCCUCAUGAGGUAUUGGAACUGCAUGUCUUACAUAAACGCUCAGACUGUGUAAAAAACGGAUGGAUAAAAAUAUUCUUAAUGCUCAUACGGCUCUAAUGAUGGAAACUCUUGGUCCAUUAGCCUCUUAUACCAAGUCUUCCAUCAGGAAUUUUGAUUGUGGUUUGCUCAUGUUUUUAUUGUUUAUAAAGUAUUGCUAAGCUCAGUAGUAUUGCCUGCCUAAACAAAGCAUCAUUGUACCAUCUGCAGAUUGUACAGAGAACUUCUACCAGACUUCUCAUGUCAGUCCGCUACUUGUCCGGCUCCAUUGGGUUCCCAUCCACUCCAGAGCACACUUCAAGACCUUGGUCCUUACUUAUAGGGCUCUGAAUGGUCAAGCACCAGCAUACUUCAAAGAACUUUUACACCUAUGUUCAUAACAGGUCCCUACGGUCAUGUGACCAAGGCCUGCAGGUUGUGCCAUGUUCAGGCUUAAAACUAAAGGUGACAGAGACCAGGACUCUGGAACGCUUUCCCCACUUGUUUAAGGUCUAAAGACUCUGAGGAGCUUUUUAAAAAGCAUCUAAAAUGUGUCUUUUUACAGCACUUUGUGAUCAAUAUCAUGAAAGGUGCUAUAUAAAUAAAGUGUUACUCACU